GAGUUGAUAAAAAUAUUUACGUGACGUGAUGUCGGAAAAACUUUUUAGUUUUUGUUCAAAUAAAUUAUUAUAAAAUCGGUAUAAGUGAUUAGGUGAACAAUAACAAAACAAAUGUGGUGCACUGGGUGCGAAGGGAUCGAAACUGACAUUUUCUAAAACACAGACUGAUAAAAUGGAUUACUUCGGGAAUAAUGCACUAAGAGUCUUAGAAACAAACUUUAUUUUCAAUUAUUAUUUACCACAAUAAUUAUGUAAUUUCAAAACUAUAUUAUAAAACCUUCAAAUAAAUAGUAUGAUGUAAUUUUAGAAUAAUAUAAUUUAAGGCCAGUAUUAGAUUAAAAUAUUUUUUUAUAUUGCAUUAUAAUGUUUGCUACAAUACAUCAAGUUUACCCUGCAACAUAUAUACUGGAGAUAUUAUUUGAUGACAAUACACCUAAGUGGUGACACGAAGACCCUUAAUGGUGUCGAUGGAUGAAAGAGAGGGUGCAAGGCGCCGGGGAGGUGCCGUGCUGCCCGCAACUGUCGAAGCUUGCGGGCCUCCGAUCCAGCUGGAGCCGGUCGACCUAAGUUUGAAACGCCCACCGACUCCGAGGCGACGACUACGUGCCAUUAGCACAAUUCCCACCUCAUCAAAGCUGAACAAAGAAGCUGAAUGUACGUCUACGCAAUUGUUAUUCGCGUCAAGUCAUCCGGUGCCGAAAAUAAAAAUGGGACCUGACCUCCGCAGCGCCAGGAAACCAAAACAGCUUAUGCAAAAACUUAAACAACCAACACAAGAACAGCCGACUCCUCAAUCGCCACACGAGUUAACCCAGAAGCAGUUCCUAUCACCGCUCAUACCGUUCUCCGUACCGCACAAACCAUCAGAGGCCGAGUUGAAGAGCUUCCUCCUGAACACGGCGCUACAGAACGCCCUAAACGGAUCGCUAAGCCAACUAACACAACGGAAAACGUUCACGAAGACUGCUGAGAAUGAAAACAUAGAAGUUAACAAUGAGCAGAGUCGACGUCGACUUCAUAAAUGCGAUGUGGCGGGAUGCCAUAAAGUUUAUACCAAGAGUUCGCAUUUAAAGGCGCAUAAACGAACACACACAGGCGAGAAGCCCUAUUCGUGCGCGUGGGCUGGCUGCGAGUGGCGUUUCGCCCGCUCGGAUGAGCUGACUCGCCACACUCGCAAACACACCGGCCAUCGACCAUUCACGUGCCCGCUGUGUCGGAGAUCCUUCGCCAGGUCUGAUCACCUCGGGUUACACAUGAGAAGACAUUGAUAUUUUUUUAUUGAUAAUGAAUUGGUGGCCCACCCGC